AUGCCAUCAAGAAACCCUCUCGACGAGGUCCUCCGCGACGACCCCUCUCACCCUUAUGCAACGAUUGUGAAGCAAUCUGGCCAUCCUGUCCAGGACGAUGACGCUCAGACGUACGAGCAUGACCAACAGCAGAAUCAUCUGAGAGGAGAAAGCGCUCGAAGACGACGAGAUCAACAGAGGCCGCGGCAUCAUGGACAGCACGAAGUCCGACGCACCAGCUCCGGGUACGAAGUUCCAAAUUUUGAGCAAAGCCUAGAAGAUACCAACAAAUAUACUGAUCGUCCAAGAUCGAGCAUCAACAAGAAAUUUCCCAAUGGAGAUGUUCACCAGGAAACACCUUCGUUGUCAGGGGAUCGCACCAAAAAAGCGCCCCCUUCCUAUCCUCAAACAGCAACCGCAGAGACCACUCCUGGUAUCUCAGCUUUUGCUCCACCACCAAACUUACAGCCGAACUAUAACCCCUUUUGGGAUGUACAAGCAUUUUCAAGAUAUGAUACACCACAAUUCCCUUACGAAACGUUGUCCCCGGAGCGACAUUCCAGGCAGUCACUGCCCUAUGAGAUGGAGGAGGAUUCAUAUGAGAAAGGAAACAUCGAUCUAAACCAUCGUGAUCCAAAAAGCGGGAGACAUAGUGAGCGGAUGGGGAAAACAGGGGGUAAGAGCAAGUGA